UUCCUUGGUGCUCCACACUCCAGUUUAGUAGGUGGCGGUAGUGCACCAUAAGCUGGUUUGCCAACCGCCAUAAAAUCGCAGAAGAAGAAGAAGAACUCCGUCUUGGUUCCUGUUUAAUGGCGCUGCACAUCUACACGUGAGAUUGAUGAAUUGAUGAUUUGUUACCAUGACUAAAAGUCAAGCUCCAGCACCCCAGUGUAAUUCUGCCAAGAAAAAGAAAUCCAAACCCAGUGAAGAGGAUUUCCCAUCAUGUGUACAAAAUGAGAAAACAGAUGAGAUGAAAGGCAAAACCAAAAAGAAGAGAAAGACUGAUGAAGAGGUGUUUGAUAUUUCAGAGGAUAAAGUACAGAUGAUACAAUCAACGGACACAACAAACACAGAUAAACACAAACAUAAGAAAAAGAAAAGAAAAUCUGAGCUAGAGGAGCCUGAAACAAAUACAAAUGGAAAUGCAGACCAUGAAGAGAUAACACAGAAGAAGAAAAAGAAAUCUGAAAUUCCACAGGAUGAGCCGACAGACGACACGACACUAGGGCAAGAAGAUCAAACAAAGAAAAAGAAGAAAAGAAAGCAUAAGGACUGUGAUGUAAUCGUUCCAGAAGCAAACCCACUAAAGCCACAAGAAGCCAAACCAAGCACAAAGACAGAUGAAGAGGGCGCAGAGAAAACAAACAAGAAGAGAAGAAAGAGAAAAGCUGAGGAUUCUGGAGAUGUGGAAGAAGCCUCACCGACACAGGAACCGUGUGGUGAGGAGGAAGAGGACGGCUCAGAUGGUGAGGAAGAUCUCAGUCCAGAGGAAAGACGAGUUUUGGAAAGAAAGCUGAAGAAGAUCUUGAAAAAGGAAGAGAAGAAAAAAAUGAAAGAAGAAGGCAUAAGCACAAAACCAGAGACGGUCAUGACAAAUGUAGCUGAAAAGCAGGCGCUGGAGUAUCUCACAUGCUGGUCUGAGAGACGAGAUGAAUGGAGGUUUCAGAAAACCAGGCAGACGUGGCUCCUGCAGCACAUGUAUGACAGUGUAAAGGUGCCUGAUAGUUAUUUUGAGGUGUUGUUGUCAUAUCUGGAGGGUCUUCAGGGAGCAGCAAGAGAAAAAUCACUGCAGAAGGCUGAAGCAAUAGUGCGCUGGGAAGGACAGGGAGAUGAUGGAGAAACAGCAGAUGAUGAAAAGAAGAAACACAGAGCUAAACUGGUCAUACAGCUGCUAUGAAAGGCUGAACCGAACGUCUUUUUCUGAAUCAAGCAUUUAUGCAUUUAAACAAGCAAUCUUAUUGUAAUACCCUGUAAAUAUGUACAACAUCACAUCAAAUAAAUUGAUUUGAUGGUUUUAA